CAAUCUAAUGUGAGUGUUAACGUUGAGUAGCAAUUGCUUAGGUUCGCUCACCAUGCAACCCGUGCUCGUUCUCGUCCUGCUGUUUUCGCUUAGUGUCCUAGGAUACCCAGGCUUAAACCAGGAACAUCAAAAAAUUGUUGAGGACCUGCAGCACAGAUCAGUGCAAUGUGCAAAACAAAAACAGAAACUGGCGAUAGAAAUUAAGAAACUGAAGAGGUUGGUGAAGGAAAUAAAUAAAACAUUAGAGGACACACUAGAAGUUGUUGAGUCUUGUAAAAAACGGAAUGUGCAUUAUUUAACAACAAACCAGUUGAUUACAAAACAAAAUAAGAUUAUUAAUGAACAACUAGAGGAAUGCACUGCGUCGAAACAAGAAACUGACAAAUAUAAGGAAGAAGCUGCUCAAAAAUUGGAGGAAUGUUCUAACGCGAAGGAGGCUCAAGAUAGGGCUUUGGAUGCAAAAAAUUACGAAAUACAGGAGAAAGAGAAGAUGAUUGCGGACUGUGAACAGCAUAAUAAGAUAAUUCAGAACAAUAACGACGCACUUGACAGUAUAGCUGCGGAACUAGAAAAUGACAUUCAGAGGGCACAGUCAAAAACAACAGACAUAAGAUCCAAAUUAAAGCAACCAUCGAGCGUUAGAAUGGGCUAUUUUAGAAGAUAAAAAGAACAUACUGAGGGUUGAGUUAUCAGAUAAUCGUGCUGCGAAUUAAAUACUGCAAUAUGUCCGAAUUAAACAUUUAAGUGGCAUUA